UAGCGUAGAUCCCUACAAUAAAUAAAGUACAUUCUCCACCUCCCACCUCAAAACCCUAACCCUAUCACCCUAAUAUCCUCUUAAAUCCAUGUCCUCCCGGAACCAGAACAGGCCCCCUCCCACCCCGGUCUUCGACCCCACUCCAAGCCCCUCAAAUGUAAGAAGAUGGAGAAUUUAGAUGAGGCGCCUGUGGACAAGCGAAGGAAGAUUGGAGCAGGGGCGGCCCAAGCCUUAGGCCGCCUAAGGCCCCAGCUCGAAGGAAGAUUGGAAGAUUGGAGCAGGGGCGUCUCCUCAGUCCUCCGCCUCCCUGCCCCGCCUCCCCGGCAUCCCGCGAGGCCGCGACCUCCUCGCCUCCCUCCCGGCUGCCUGCAAGUCUUCUCCGCGCCAGCGAGCCGGUGAGGUCGUCUCCUCUGCCUCCCCGGCAUCCCGCGACCUCCUCGGCUCCUCGCCUCCCUCCCGGCUCCCGUCCGGCCGUCCCCUGACUCACGUCUGUGAGACUGCGACGGUGCAACCCCAUCUUCUUCACGUCAGGUCGUCAACCCGCUGCACUUGAGUUGUAACUUGUAAGUCUUUCUCUGACUUAAAGACGUUUGAUGAAAUGCCUAAACCAGUAAACCAUAUGUUAUUUCUUUCUGUUUUUUAGGCAAAGGAUGGGAAAGUCCAUUGGAUUCAUUGCAUUUAUGAUUUAUAUAAGAAUAUGAGAUGAAGAAUGAUAGAAAAGGAAAGAAAAACAAAGUUAAAAUCAAAGCUGUUGAUGUCUAAGCAUGAUGGUUUAAUUUCUUGUUUUGCUUGGAGAACUUCAAAGCUGCAUUUUGGUUGCACAACAUUUUGAGGUUCAGGAUGGUAGAUGUCAACCCAAGCACAACCAAGAUCAUGAGGUUGGGCUCCACAUAAUUAACAGUUUACCUUGCAUCAUAAUGUGGUAAAUGGUAAUGUAGGUAUACCAUAUAGAUCAGUUCACAUGGGGGUCUGGAAACCAGUAGUUAGGUGAAUCACACGGUGUUGUCACAUGUGGCCUUUGGUAUCAUGGUUUAUUCAUGCAAGAUUCUUUCUUGGGAUUACUUUGUUCACAUCUAGGGAGGAUGUGGAGAGGCUUUUGGGUGAGAAGAUGAAGGGGAAGAACCAGAAUGAUUACAAGGGAAAGAGCGAGCAGAUGAUAAAAUACAUAAAGAAACUAAGGACUUGUAUCAGAUGGUUCAUGGAGCUUGAAGAUGGGUAUUUGGCUGAUCAGGAGAAACUCAGAAGUAUGUUGGAUUCUAAAGAGAAAAGGCAUGCAGAGAUUGAGGCUCAGAUGAGGGCCAAGGUUGAAGAAUUAAAUGCAAUUAUCCAGGACCUUCAGAGGCAGCAUGCAUCUUUGCUGGAAAGCUUCAGAAAGGAGGAAGCUGACAAAUUGAUAGAUCUUUUGAAAAUUUCUAGUUCUUCUGUUAAUUGUUUGGCAUGUUUCUGAUGGCAGAUUUGAAAAAUGACAGGCCUUCAUUAAAUCUUAUGAGAUGGAAAGAGAGGCAAGGAUUGCAGUUGAAAAUUUGCGGGCAAAAUUAUCCGAAGAGCUAGAAAAGGUUUCUUGAUUAUGAGGUCAGUCACAAAACUAUUGCAAUCAUGCACCAAUUUUUCAAUGGUCCUUGGUUGUCAUGGAGGGAGGUCUCUGCGCAUGCUAAAGUUGGAAUGCUUCAUUAUGAUUGCUUUUGCCUUAGAUGAUAGGUCUUUGCAUUCCUAGGAGGAAUGAAAUCUCUGUUGAUCUCUAUGACAUGCUUUUGGAUUUUGAUUUUGAUGGAUUUAGGACAUGUUGAUGUCUAUUUUGAAUGAUGUGUUAAAUGACUUUUGCGUAAUGUUGAAUGCCUUUGCUAUUAAUGAUAUUAUUAUUAUUAUUAUUAUUA